AUGUGCGGCAACAACAUGUCGGCUCCUCUCCCAGCCAUCGUCCCGGCCGCAAGGAAGGCGACGGCCGCCGUCAUUUUUCUUCACGGAUUAGGAGAUACCGGGCAUGGGUGGUCAGAAGCGCUUGCUGGUAUCAAAAGCCCCCAUGUGAAAUACAUUUGCCCGCAUGCGCCAGUUAUGCCUGUUUCUUUGAACAUGAACAUGUCUAUGCCAUCAUGGUUUGAUAUCAUUGGACUUUCUCCAGAUUCACAGGAAGAUGAAGCUGGGAUCAAGCAGGCGGCAGAGAAUGUUAAAGCACUGAUAGAUCAAGAAGUAAAAAACGGAAUUCCUUCUAAUAGAAUUAUUCUGGGAGGCUUUUCUCAGGGAGGUGCUUUAUCAUUGUAUACAGCUCUUACAACACAUCAAAAACUAGCAGGUGUCAUAGCCCUCAGCUGUUGGCUUCCUCUACGGGCCUCUUUUCCUCAGGGCCCUAGCAGUGGUGUCAACAAGGAUAUUGCUGUUCUUCAGUGCCAUGGGGACUGUGAUCCCCUGGUUCCUAUAAUGUUUGGUUCCCUCACUGUUGAGAAGCUGAAGACUAUGAUAAAUCCAGCCAAUGUAACCUUCAAGACUUACUCUGGCAUGAUGCAUAGUUCAUCUCUUGAGGCUGGAGCUCUUGAUUUGUUGAAGGAGCUUAAGAAUAUUCCCAUGACCCUUGAGUUACUACAGUCUACCAGAAUUGGAAUGUCAGUGAAUGCAAUACGCAAGCAAAGUACAGAUGAAGAGGUUACAUCUUUAGCAAAAUCUCUUAUCAAGUCUUGGAAGAAGCUGUUAGAUGGACCUUCAACUGAUAAAGAUUCUGAAGAAAAGAAAAAGGAGCCUGCUUCUUCCUCACAAAACAGCCCUGAAGCCAGAGAAGAGAGCAGUUCAAGUAGCAAUUCCAGCAGCAGAAAGGAGGAGGGUAGUGCUCCCUCAAAUUCUUUCAUCCCAUCUUUUCCCCGGGCUCCAAGCACUUCAGACUCUGUACGAGUGAAAUGUAGAGAAAUGCUCUCUGCAGCUCUCAGAACAGGAGAUGAUUACAUCGCUAUUGGUGCUGAUGAAGAAGAGCUGGGUUCUCAGAUUGAAGAAGCUAUUUUUCAAGAAUUAAAAAACACUGAUAUGAAAUACAAAAAUAGGGUACGAAGUAGGAUAGCAAAUCUCAAGGAUGCAAAGAACCCUAACCUAAGGAAAAAUGUAUUAUGUGGAAACAUUCCUCCUGACAAAUUUGCUAAAAUGACAGCAGAGGAAAUGGCAAGUGAUGAGCUGAAAGAAAUGCGCAAAAAUCUGACCAAAGAAGCUAUCAGAGAGCACCAGAUGGCUAAAACAGGAGGUACUCAAACUGAUCUGUUUACAUGUGGCAAGUGCAAAAAGAAGAACUGUACAUACACCCAGGUUCAAACCCGCAGUGCUGAUGAACCCAUGACAACGUUUGUUGUCUGUAAUGAAUGUGGAAACAGAUGGAAGUUCUGUUAGAAGAAGAAAUUGUCAAGACAUCUGGACCAGUAUGAACGAGGAUUUUGUAAUUAGCUUUAAAAACUAGGCUAAGCAUCUAGCUUCCUGCAAAUGAGAGGGCUUUUUGGUUUUUCUUUUCUUUUUAUUUCAAAGCAGCAUACAUGCCUCAAGUUAGCCUUUGUUUUGGCACAACCAUCAUUUCCUUAAAUGCCUUCCUAUAGCUGGUAGUCAGUAGGGCCAGGUUGCUCAAUUGUAUGGUGAAUUUUAAAAUAUUUUUUCAUUUUUAUAAGUAAGUUGACAUUAAACUUUUACCAGUUAAACA